AUGAGUGAUGGCUUUGAUAGAAUAGAGAAGCACACGUUAGAUGUUGGGCAGCUGAUUUUAGCUAAAUCGUUGACACGCGUUGUCUCUUUUUCGUUUGUGAAAAUGAACGAAGAAUUGAGUGAAGCGGUGAGAAGAGGUGAUAUUGAGUCAGUAACGCGUCUUUUGGAUAUGCAAGUUGAUAUCAAUGCUCGUGAUGAGUCUGGGAACACUCUUAUGAUAAAAACAUGUGAGAAUGAAGAGAAGGAGAUUGUUGAGUUUCUUCUCACUAAAUCAGUAGAUGUUAAUGGGACUGGCAGGAUAUCAACUAGAUGUAACAAUCUAAUCCAACAAUCAACGUUUUGGUUUCUUGUUGCUGGUCAAGAGGCAGCAGUGUUGACUUGUGACUGGCUGAAGCAGCCAUUGCAUGCAGAGAUGAAUAAUCUUUUGGGAUAUACAGCUUUGAUUGUAUCUACAAGGAUUGGAUCAGAAGAGAUCACUGAUCUACUACUGAAUGUCAAAGAUAUUAAUGUGAUGAAGGGAGAUUGGGUGAGUUUGAGUAUUGAGAGUGAGAGGGGAUCACCACUGGAGAUUGCCAAGCGAUAUGGUCACAGUGAUGUGGUUGAGAUGAUGGAAGAAGCCAUAAGAUUCACAUCUCAUCCUUAUGUGGAGGGUCGCAUGUUUGUCAUGAAACAUCAAUAUGAAGAGACAAUUGCUGAACUGCAGAGUGAAGUUGAGAAGAAGACAGAAGAAUUAAGACAAUCAUCCCUUUUCCAUGAGAGUGAAGUGACGAGGUUACGAACCGAGAUCCAAGAGAAAGAGGAGGAAAUGAGAUGUCUCGUGUCUGCUCUUGCUACUGUUAGCAGAAUGGCAAGCGAUAAAAUUGUUGAAAGUCACACUACUUCUGAUGAAUUUUGCUUAUCACAGCCACCAGAGGAUGUGAUGUAUGCAGUCAGUGCUCUUGCCUGUGAUCAGUGGAGUGAUGUUGGACUGGAGUUAGGAUACACAAUGCCUGAACUCAACUCACUCACUUCAUUAAUUACUGCAUCUCACAGCAAGCUACACGCCAUACUGAGAACAAAAGCUGCUGCUGUGGGUACCAGCAAUAUUGUUGGUGUCAUCUUGUCUGCUUGUCAGCGUAUUUCCAUUCCAAUUUGUGCUGCUGCAAUAAGAGAUGAGGUGGUUAAACGUCAAGAGAGACUGAGAGCACAGAACGGUGGACAAUAGAAUAAUUGACUUUGUCACUUUGUUGUCUGCAUGGCUAAUCAUAUUUGUUUAGCAAGUCCAUUUUUGUUGUUUGUAAUGCUUCAAUGAUCUUACUAUUUGUAUUUUAUCACUUUUUAUGUUUAAGACAAGGUGUAAUAUUUUACACCAAAUUUUGAAAUCUA